AUGCCCACCGCGGCCCACCGGUCCAGCGAUGGGCCGCCAUUGCACGAUGCCUCGAAUCAAGCCCAAGCGACAUCAUCAUCUUCUCCAUCAUCAGCACCAACCGUAGCAGCAGCAGCAGCAUCACAAACCUCGCGGCAAAGCCCCAAGACACGCCCAAGACCUCUCAACAACCAACAUCACCCGUAUCGCAUAGAGCUCCUCGAUCUCACCCCCGUCUCCGUGUCUCUGCUUUGGUCCACCCGUCCCCCGCCUCUCAGUGCAAUACCGCUCGAAGCCAUCAACUCGCAGCUCCGUAAACGUAAUAAGGCUCGAUCAUCACACAACGACACUAACCGCAGCUCGUCCCCCGGUCGCUCGUCUGCUAGAGCCACAGCAGUAUCGCCGUCUCCCACCUCGGCAACCGCUGCUGCCGUGUCCAAGUCCAGAACACCUGCAACAGCUCAAACCUCCGCCUCCAACCAACCACUUGAAACGCCGAUAUCUAAGCUCACAGAAGGGCUCGUCGCAACUCGAAGUUUGAAUCGCAAGGUCACAAAGAUCCGUCUACGCCCUCCUCCUACCGUGCCAGCUCAGCCUCGCAGGAGCUCCAACAGUUCGGCUCCUUCCGACUCGGCCCACAACUCUGCCAACGACGACGACGCGUGGCCUUCCGAUGACGGUGCCACGGCAGUAGAAGACGAAACCGGCUCGGCUUCGGAUGCCUCCGACUCAGGCUACGAGGGCAGUCCCGACGCUCGCCAUCACGUUACAAGCGUCUUCAAAGAUCGAGUUUCGAUCGCUGUCAACGGCCACGACUGGUCGCAUGUCUUGCUCGGAGAGCGCGGAUCCCACGAGGCCAUCGUCGUCAUCUUUGGCCUUGAACCGGAAUCCGACUACGAAAUCCAAUUCCUUGUCAAAGCCGGACUCGACGGCAUGCACGACGCUUUCCGCGCUACCUUGCGCACCAGGACCGAUCGAGAGUCCGCUCGUCCUAUCGAUCCCACUCCCGCGGCUCGAUCCUCUUCGCCCUCACCGCUCAGCCGCCUCCCUGUAUCUGCACCCGAGCUCGACGUGGCAGAGCCGCCUCCUCAGCGGCUAGCCCUCCUUCAAGCAGAGCUCGACGCCAGCGAGGCCCUCAAAGCUUCGCUCACCGCCGAUCUCAAGAGGGCCAGGAAGGAGUCCUCCAAGCAAGAAGCUAGCCUCCGGCACGAGAUCGAUGCUGUCAAGCGUGCAAUGGACCGAAUGAGCGCAACGGAUCACCGCAGUCGUCAGAAGGUGUUGGCGUUGCAGGAGCUCAUCAAGCAGACCACCAUCCACACCAAAGAGAUCCACGAACAGGCCGAUGUUGCCGAAAAGGAGCAGCCCGACUGGGAGCAACAAGACACUGAGCUCGAAGCACAGGUCGAAACACUGAGCAAGCAGGUCGAGGCGGAAGAAGCAGCAGCGCAAGCGGAGUGGGACAAGGACGAUGCAGCCCUUGCCAACCUCGAGAAGGAGCUCCGCUCUGCCGAAGCCGCUGCAAAGGCGCUCGAAACAGAACGAGACGAGCUGCGCGACGACGAGCUCGCUCCUAUUCAGGCUGAGAUAGAAAAGGUCAAGGAAGAGACCCACGAAGCUCUCACCAGGCCUCUGGGCGGACAGGCAGCCAUUGCAAGACGCGGCGGCGGUGCCAUGGGAGGUGCGCAACGCGGAGGUUAUCGUCACGCCAGCGGCCCCCAUCCAGCGGCCAACGCCACAGGCCAUAGGGGCAAAGCAGGCGGCAGGGGAGGCAAGCUCGGCAGCUUUGGCAACCGAGCCGUUUCGGGGCCCGCUGGCCACUUUGGUGGCUCCGGCGGUAGCAACGGCAGCAGCGGUGGAGGCUUCGCCGGUGCAUCGCGUGGCUUUAUGCAGAGCUUCGGCAAGGGCUUCCGACGUAGCCAGAACCACAACCAACAGAGUCAAAGCUUUGACGCCAUGGCUGGUACGGGGUAUUCAGGACCAGGCGGCCCGGUCCAGCAAGGUGCCAUGUUGCCGCCAGGGCAACCUUACGCUUCGGACCCGGCGGCGAUGGGAAUGGGCGGAUUCGGAUCUGGAUCCAGUGGACCCUAUGGCGCCCUCGACUCGUUUUACGGCCAGCCACAACAGCAGACGUCGCAGUUCCCAUCUGGCGUAUCCGAGGCGAGUCAGGACGACUUGUACGAUCCGACGCUUGGCUUUGAUCCUUACGACCCUUCGAUAGAAUCUCGCCGCAGGUCGAGUCUUCCGAUGCCGCAAUUGUCGCACAAUGCGCCCCAGGUCAGGCUGCCGACCUCUUCGACCACAACGGCCCUCAACCCAGCCAACCCGGAGUUUGUGCCCUCGACCGGGUCCAACCAUGCUUCUCCCGUCAUCAGCAAAAAUCCCUCCGCGUCUUCGGGCAUGGACAUCAAGCUGAACACGACAAACGCUUCGCCUUCCGUUGCACAGGCGACCGCUGCUGUUGCGGUUCAGUCACCGCCACCGGGAGUCGCUUCUGUCGAGCACUCGCCUACUUUCUCUUCGCGUUUCGCAUUCCCGCUAGCACGCCACAUCCCGACCUCGAGCAUUGGCAGCAGCAAUGGUGGCGUCGGAACCUCGCUCUCCUCGAAGCCGGGCGCAUCCGCGAUCUCAUCACCGCAAAACGCCGCUGCCAGCCCGAACAACAUAUUGAACCUCUCGCUCGGAUCCGAUCUUGCCGUUCCGCCGUCCUCUUCGAGCAUGGGUUCGAGCUUGUUUGGCGUGGGAACGUCGGGAGCAGCGAGUCCCUUUUCGAGACAUUCGCCGUUGCUGACGCAGGGCACGGAUGCCUCGGGAUCAUCGAUGGGUUUUGCCGGAGCAAGUCCCCGCUUCGGCCCAAUGGGAUUGCACGGGCAUGCUCUUGGAUCGAGCGGAAGUGGAAACGACGACCACGUCUCUUCUGCUGCACCCUUCGGCGCCUCGUCCAAGUUUGGCCCGCUCGACUAUGACCCGAGCAUGGACAAUUUCGGUCCUGCACCUGGUCUGGCUGGCGGUCUGAGUUCGGCACCCGGCGCGAACGCACCUGCAGCUUCGGCAGCGACAGGUGGAUUGCCCACCUUCAGCUCGAGCACCAUGUCGUCGAUCUUUGGCGCGAGCGACGCCUGGUCUGCACCUUCCACGAGCAAUGCCAACAUGACCGCAUCCUCGUCGAGCUGGAUCACGUCUUCUCCUCCUCUCGGCAGCAGCGGUGUUGUCGCGAGCAACUCGUCGGGCUCAGGCAACGGGGUUGGUGGCGGCGGCGAUAUUUGGUCAGCUUCGACGUUGCCAGGCGUAUCGCAGUUGAGAACCAAACUGUCGCUGGGCGAACUCAACUCUUCCUCCAACACUUCGGGUUCUGUUUCGCCUACGCAUGCGGCUGCUUCGGCGCCAUUCGGAUCGUUUGGAAGCACAAGGAUGGGGUUGGGUGCGAUUGGACAUGCGAGCGUGCCGAGUCGCUCGAGUCCGUUGGCGAGCCCUGUGGCUGCGGCCAGCCCGGCUGUGGGUGACAGCAAGGACGAGCCUAAGCAGGGACAGCACUGA